CGUAUAAAUCUGGCGUACUCGGUUAGGGUAUUACGCUAAUUACGAAGGAAAAGGAAAAAUAGAAAAGCUGGGAUCAUUUUAGCCUCGCCACGCAGAAUGGAUUUUAGAUAGGCAACGCACCAAUCAUAUCCCUUGAAGCAUCCACGUGUCGUGCGGAGAAUGAGUAUCCAAGCCCCAGCACAGGAAGAAUAUCGCAACGCCGGAAACUGGAAAAAGGAGAAAAACUGGGGGGAAAAAAAACAGUGGAAGCCAAUCCAAGUCAAACAAAACUGAGGAGGAGAAAGAGCGUUAGCUAGCCGGGGAUAGAGAAGAGCCGAGAGUGUAAGCAAGCCCCCUCCCCCCUCGCCUCUCUCAACCACGCAAUCCCUUGAAAUCCCAUGUCGGCGACGAUGUACGCGUCGGCUUCCACCACUUCCCUCCUCCUUCCUGGCGUCUCCGCCGUCAGAACGGCGCGCUGCUCUUGCUUACCUCUCCUUCCACCUCGCUUCCCCUCCCGCUUCUCGCCUGCUUCCGUCAAAGUGCUCUCAGAGUCCUCCAGGGUUUCUCUGUUCCUGACCAGAGCCACCUCUUCAGAUGAGACCUCCACCUCAGUCGAUACUAAUGAGAUCUUCACUGAUCUGAAGGAGAAGUGGGAUGCAGUUGAGAACAAGUCCACCGUGCUUCUCUAUGGAGGUGGGGCAAUAGUUGCUGUUUGGCUAUCAUCCAUUGUUGUAGGUGCCAUCAACUCUGUGCCUUUGCUCCCCAAAAUCAUGGAGUUGGUUGGCCUUGGCUACACCGGAUGGUUUGUCUACCGAUACCUCUUGUUCAAGCAAAGCAGGAAAGAACUGGCUACAGACAUCGACACAUUGAAGAAGAAGAUUGCUGGGUCAGAAUAAGAUCCAAGUUAAUGAAUGCCAAGAAGAGACAAGUAAAUGUAUCUUUGAUCUUUUUUCGAUAUGUUUGCAUGGUGAGGAAUCACGUCUGUUAUAUGGUGUAGUAAAAUGUAGAGUAUAGGGUUACCUAUGACUGGAAUUCAUGCGACCUAAGUGUUACCCCAUUGUUGUAUUUCGCUUUUCUCGAUCUGUAAUAAAAAAAUAAUGGAGAUUUCACGGAAGCGUUCAGUUCAUCCUUUUACACUGUUGUGAACAAUCUUAUGAUGACUACUCAUCACAACGGACUUCCAUAGUCUAGCAAUUGUGAGAUGAAGCUCUUCGUGUGCAUAGAUUUAAGUUGGAAUUGAAAAAAGAACAGAGGUUGAAGCUAAGGAAACUAGUAAUUGAAACAAGCAAGCAAGUAAACUUUAACGAGUUCGAUUUGAGAAAGCAUAACACGUACAUUGCAAACAAUCGAAGAAUCGAUUGAGCUCGAAUCAAGAACGAAGCGUUCUUUAUACGAACUUGGAUAAAACGGAACCAAAAGGACGAUUCCACACCUAGGGAACGCUCGAUUGGAUUAAAGGGUAGCUGCUCGACCACAAUUGAAGAGGAUAUUCAAUCGAUACGAAGCUCACAAGCUUGGAUUCCACCAAACUCAAACAAGUCGCAACUUGCACAAAACCAAAGGGUUUGUUUUUCGAUUAAUCAAAGUCUUAUGUUUUUACAACGUAAACGGAGGGCUAUUUAUAGCCAAUAAAACCUAAUACAAAUCUAGAUGAACAAGGAAACAAAUAAGGUAAAAGUCUACACUAAACAGGACACAAAAUUCGGGUUUGAACUCCCUUUCUUGCAGCACAAGUAAGCUGCCAGCAAAACAGUCAAAAGGCAGCUUUCGUACUAACUUCACGCCUUUCGUUCGAGGCCUUCCAGAACUCCAAUUCUUCAUUCAAUUCCUUCCCUUUGUUCAAAAACAUACCUAGUUUCAUGUUGUCGAAGCCCUUUGACUUGAAUCUCAUCCAUGAUCCUUGAAUUGAGCUCCAAAGUAGGCUUCACAAAACAGUUUUCUGCCUUAGCCAUUUUCAGGCAGUUUUCUAGUUUUGAGGUAGCAACUUUGAGGCCUUGGAAAACAACCUUAAUGACAUCAUCUGGAUCCACAAAGCAUACCAUUGGAAAGAUGGUAACUUUAUCUGCAAAACAAACCCUUAAAAUUGAAUUUCCACCAAGCCAAUUGAGAGAACCAUGCCUCCAAAGUAUGUACCCUGAACACGGAUUUUGACUUGGCCAAAUUCUUCCCUUCUUCUUCCCAACUUAGUUAGCUUCUUCGUCAAGUAAAUUUAACGUGUAUAAUGGAUCAUUUGGGAUCAUAUCAAAGACACAAAGAAUGAACUCUAGUAUGAUAGGUAUGAUCAUACACUGCGAGGAGUUUGCAAUUAGCUUGGUAACCCUAACCCUCUCAAUUGAUCGAUUAAGGAUUAUCAUGAUUAACUAGGAAAAUCCUAUAUCUCUUAAUCGAUCAACCAAGGUUCGCAAAUAAAUUACUCGAACGUUAAUCCAGAAUGGCGAAAAGUAACCAAUCAACACGAUAUCAUUGCAAGACAUCGAUGAAUGAGGAAUUUCCUGAUUUGCCCUAAGAAAGAUUACCCAUAUUG